GAAAAGAAAAUUAAAGAGAACAAAGAUCACUAAAAUCUCCCGAGAUGGGCCUUCCUGCUUGCAAUUUCUAUCUCCGAGCUGCAGAGAAACAAAAAGGUGGAUAAAUUGUGAAAGAGCUUUAACCCCGGCUUGCUAUGGAUUGGGACUGGAAGGACUUUGCAUGGGAUUCAAUUGAGUUUAAGGAAAAAGAGGAAAGUAGCAGCCUUGCUGGCCUUGUUGGUUGCAGUAGCAUAGGUAGGCAGAAGAAUAGAGGAGGAGGACUUGCGGUGGACUUGAAGCUCGGCAGAGUAUCUGAUUUGGAGGAGAGAUCUGUAGAUGGAUUAAAGGACAGAGGGGCCUCAACAACAACAGUACGGUCAUCACCUUCAGGGCCAUUGAAAAGGAAUCGGGUGCUCAGUGGAACCCAGAAUAUUGUUUCAUGCUUAGUUGAUGGAUGCAAGUCAGACCUCAGUAUCUGCGGGGAUUAUCACCGGCGCCAUAGGGUUUGCGAACUCCACUCUAAGACCCCAGUUGUGAUUGUAAGGGGCAAAGAGCAGCGGUUCUGCCAACAAUGCAGCAGAUUCCAUUCUCUGGGGGAGUUUGAUGAGGUAAAGAGAAGCUGCAGGAAACGCCUUGAUGGACACAACAUGCGCCGAAGAAAAUCUCAGCCGGAACCCCUUUACCUGAGUUCUGAGAAACUUCUCUCCAAUUACAAAGGUCCCAGAAUGUUGCAAUUCAGUAGUCCACACAUAUAUGCAACUACUUUGAGAAGCAGCACCUGGCCUGGGAUAGCCAGCGCCGACGGACAACGUCCCCUGAAUUCCUUUGCCUACAUUUACAAUGAGGGAAAUAAAAUGUUCUCUUUCUUACAGGAAAAUGGUCCGAGAGUAGGCAACCAAGCAGCCCCUGAAGCCUCUCUCUAUCAGCAGGCACCUCCCAAUAGCAAUAAUAUUGCUUCAACAGAAAGUGGAAGGGGCUGCCAUAAUAUAUUAUCCGAUGGGCUAACACAAUCCAUUGACUUGGGUUGUGCUCUCUAUCUUCUGUCAACACAUCAAAAACAGACUCCAGUAAUAGGUCUGAACCCCCUGGUUCAGUCCAGUGCGAGCCAUCCGAUUCAAUCCUUGGGCUCAGAACAGCAAUUUCAUGGAGUUGGAGUGUCUCAGUACUCACGCUCUCAUGCUGUAAACGACAAGUCUGCAGGUAUAGUUUUGGUUCCUGAUGCCAAUGAAUUCUGCAAUGGAGGAUCUCAAGGGGCGCUCGAUGGCUUGUUGGAAAGUGAGGCCUCACGAGCGCUUCCAUUCUGGUGGGAGUAGUCAGCUCCUGAGGUAAUUUCGUGGUUGGGUAGUUUUAUUUAGACUUUCAGCUUCAAUGAUGUAAUGGGGAGUGGACAACUAAAGAAAACUCUCCUAGCUUCUCGUUCAGGAAUUGAGCAUGCAGUGUCUUAGAUACUUGUACUGUGUUGCAUUUCGUUCUCUGUUUCUGCUCUUCUAUCCAUGUAUCCAUGUUUUCGAACUACUCUUUUUCUUGGUUGUGGUUAAAAAACAAAACAUUUAAACUA